AUGAGUGGCACCCCAGAUCCUGCCACUGUCCCUGUGGUGGCCACGCAGGUGAAGCUGGGGGGCUGGAGCCGUCGAGGUGGGGGCCGUGGGUUUCUCCCUUCCCUCCAGCACCAGGAGCUCUGGGCCUUCCUCAACCUUCUGGAGGACAGUUUUCUCCAGGAAUUCCUCUCCAAAGACCCCUGUUUCCAGAUUUCAGAUAAGUAUCUCCUGGCCAUGGUGCUGGUUUACUUCCGGCGCGCCAACAUGCAGCUCAGCGAAUACACCCACAGCAACCUGUUCUUGGCACUGUACCUUGCAAAUGACAUGGAGGAGGACCUGGAGGACCCCAAAUGUGAGAUUUUCCCGUGGGCUCUGGGCAAAGGUUGGCGUCCUCGGGUCUCAGACUUCCUGCACCAGAGGGACAAGCUGUGGGCGCGGAUGGACUUCCGGGCCGUCGUGAGCCGCCAGUCCUGCGAGGAGGUCAUGGCGAAGGAGCCGUCCCACUGGGCCUGGACUCGGGAGCGGCGCCCCCACCAUGGUGGGGCACAGAGGGGCUGCCCAGAGGGUCCGGUCUCCCUCCCCCGGGGCCCCGGCCUCUCGCCACCCCCCUGUUCCCUCUGUGGCCUGCCCCCGUGCCGCCACCGGCUCUGCCGCCACUUGCCUGUGUCAUUCAAGUGCCCUUCCCGGACCCCUGAGUGUCGUGGCUCUCCCUCCCGAGUCUGUCUCUCGGUGGUUGAAGACCCCUGGGGUGGGGGCUUCCUCAUUGUCCUGCCCUCACAGCUGCAACUGGAGCCAGGCAUCUACACCCUCCACGUCCUCCGGGAGCCUCCGCUGUGCCCUGGGCCCUAGCACUCGGCGGGGUGAAGAGCCGCCGGCCUGCUGGCCCCUGCACCCAACGCUCCACUGGCUGUGCCCCGCCCCCCGUGGCCUCCUCUCUUGUUGGCUUCAGGCUGGCAGUGCCACCCACGCCCCCUGCCCCUUCCUCCCAACCUGCAACUUGUACCCACGCUGGCCCUGGCCCCCUCCAAUAAACUCGUGUCACAGGACACCA